CGCCGCAAGUAGGUGCAGCAGCCCGCAGCCCGCCGCGCCUCUGCGAGCCGGGACGGCACUCGGCCCCGCGCGCUCCCCGCCUCGCGCCAGUCCCGCCGCCGGGACCUGCGGCAGCCGAAGACCCCAUCGAUCGGAGACUCGGGGAGCAGCGCGCGGCCCCGAGCCGGACGGGGCCCGGCACUGCGCCUUUGUCCCCGGAGGCUCCGGGAAGUUUGCAGCGGGACGCGCGCGUGAAGGCAGCGUGGGCAGCCCCGACGUCGCCGAGCAGCAUGGGCGUCGGGCGCAACGCGCCGGGUCGCGGCGGGGCCGCCUCGGGCGUGCUGCUGGCGUUGGCCGCCGCGCUGCUGGCCGCGGGUUCGGCCAGCGAGUACGACUACGUGAGCUUCCAGUCGGACAUCGGCUCCUAUCAGAGCGGGCGCUUCUACACCAAGCCCCCGCAGUGCGUGGACAUCCCGGUGGACCUGCGGCUGUGCCACAACGUGGGCUACAAGAAGAUGGUGCUGCCCAACCUGCUGGAGCACGAGACCAUGGCAGAGGUGAAGCAGCAGGCCAGCAGCUGGGUGCCGCUGCUCAACAAGAACUGCCACAUGGGCACCCAGGUCUUCCUCUGCUCGCUCUUCGCGCCCGUCUGUCUGGACCGGCCCAUCUACCCGUGUCGCUGGCUCUGCGAGGCCGUGCGCGACUCGUGCGAGCCGGUCAUGCAGUUCUUCGGCUUCUACUGGCCCGAGAUGCUCAAAUGUGACAAGUUCCCCGAGGGCGACGUCUGCAUCGCCAUGACCCCGCCCAAUGCCACCGAAGCCUCGAAGCCCCAAGGUACAACAGUGUGUCCUCCGUGUGACAACGAGUUGAAAUCGGAGGCCAUCAUCGAACAUCUCUGUGCAAGCGAGUUUGCGCUGAGAAUGAAAAUCAAAGAAGUGAAGAAGGAAAACGGUGACAAGAAGAUUGUCCCCAAGAAGAAGAAACCCUUGAAGCUGGGGCCCAUCAAGAAGAAGGAGCUGAAGCGUCUCGUGCUUUUCCUAAAGAAUGGCGCCGACUGUCCCUGCCACCAGCUGGACAACCUCAGCCACAACUUCCUCAUCAUGGGGCGCAAGGUGAAGAGCCAGUACCUGCUCACAGCCAUUCACAAGUGGGACAAGAAAAACAAGGAGUUCAAAAACUUCAUGAAGAAAAUGAAAAACCACGAGUGUCCCACCUUCCAGUCUGUUUUUAAGUGACACUGGGGUGGACUGGGGAGGGAGCGUGGCUUGGGGUGAGGGUGGGGGCGUGUGAAUGACCCUGGCUCUUGGGGUUCACAUGUUGCUCUCUCCCAUUACAGUUGUGGCUUUUGCAUCGCACCUGGCUCUGUUCCUACAGCGACCCCUCUCCCUUCCCUCCACAGCCAAUCCAGCUAAGGCCCUUUAGAUUAGGAAGGCUUUUUUUUUUUAAGGGCUGCAGCAGGGCCAGCAGGCACAAGGAGAGUCAGAAUCCUUUCACUGAGCCUCAGGCACAAAACGGAAAAUGUUUGCCAGUUUGGAGAAAAAAAAAAAAAAAAAAAAAAAAAAGGAUUGUAAAGAAGUGCAGGAGGACAGUCACUCAGCUUGAAGUUGUUCUGAACAGCAUUCCCAAUUCCUUGUGGAGUCUAAGCCUUUACAACCCCUCUCUUUCUGCCUUAGAUAGAAACAAGACCAUUGUCACCUUCAACACACACACACACACACACACACACACACACACACACACACACACGAUAAGGGGCUGGAAACUGUAGGUCUCAAAUGGACAUUUCAUCGGGAUAUCAGGAUGGCAGGGAUCUGCUUUUGUAUGAGGAGGAACGUGAGCAUGAGGAAAAUGAGGUGUUUCAGGCUGAGAAGCCAAUGGUUACUAGUUUUCAAAAAUAAUAGUGAAAGAAAAGAACAAAUGUAGACGGUCAAGCAGGUCACGAGUCAGGGUGAUUGGGGAAUCCUGUGUGAAGGGCCUCACAUUGUAAUCCCGUCUGUCACAUUUCGAAAGAACAGAGACAUAAACAGUGAUAAAACCCCACACAUCUUCCGAGGCUUGGAUAAAACUCCACACUGAGCAUUUCAAAGAUAACCAAGACUAACAUCGCGGACUGCCCAAGGCGUCCUCUUAAUAAGCACACUGCGCAUGUGCUGUGGAAGGCAAGUCUGUCUGUGCAUGUGCUGUGGAGGAGAUGGGCGUGGCAUCAUGGCUGUGCCUAGCUGCCAUAUCAGUGGAAGGAGACAAGUGUCCACAAUGCUGCCCGGACUCUGCUUUUCUGCAAGGAGAGCCCUUUUUCUUAAACACGAUUGCCUAUAAUUCCAACAAAAUUGGAAUUGCUGCCUGCCUGAGCCCUCCAGCUUUAUUUUUGUAUGCCUCCACUCACGUUCUUUUGAGGCUAAGCCCUACCCGAGAAGAUGGUUUCAAAGGCUAACCAUCGGCAGUUUCCCCAAGUGCCCAAAGGUAUUUCUUAAAGUUGGUAUGCUUAAUAAGUGAUGUAAAUAUUCCAGUUCUCUUUGGCAGCCUUA